CCGGUCCUUCCCCCACAGAGCGAUGGCCGCCCACCUGCGGCUGCGAGGGACCCUGGCCCUGGUGACAGGGGGCGGCAGCGGCAUCGGCCGCGCCAUCUGUGCCCGCUUUGCCCGCGAAGGGGCCCAGGUGGCCAUAGCGGACUGCGAUGAGGCCGGUGCAGCCCAGACGCUCCGGGGGCUCCAGGCGGGCGACCACCAGGCCCUGCGCGUCGACGUGGGGUGCGCCAAGAGCGUGGCCGACCUCGUGGCCCAGAUCCAGGCCCGCUUCUCCCGCCCGGCCAACGUCUGCGUCAACUGCGCCGGGAUCACCAUGGACGAGUUCCUGCUGAAGCAGACGGAGGAGGCCUUUGACACCGUCCUCAGGGUCAACCUCAAGGGGACCUUCCUGGUGACGCAGGCCGUGGCGAAGGCGCUGGUGGCAAGUGGGGCUUCGGGGGGCUCCAUCAUCAACCUGGGGAGCAUCGUGGGCAAGGUGGGGAAUCUGGGGCAGGUGAACUAUUCAGCCUCCAAGGCCGGGGUAGAGGCCCUCUCCAAGACAGCAGCCAAGGAGCUGGCCAGGUACGGGAUCCGCUGCAACACGGUUCUGCCAGGGUUCAUCCGCUCCCCCAUGACGGACAAGGUCCCCCAGAAAGUGCUGGACAAGUUUGCCGCCAUGGUGCCGCUGGGACGCCUCGGGGAGCCCGAAGGUCAGAUGUUGCCGAGGUUUGUGCUUUCCUGGCCUCCGACGACAGCCGCUACAUCACCGGCGCCAGCCUGGAGGUGACCGGGGGUCUUUUCAUCUGAUGCCUUUUCCUGCCUCUGGAGAAACCCGCCCCCCACCCACAAGGAAACCACACUCCCUGAUGCCCCCCCCCCACUUUCAAAGGAAGGACUUGAGGGGCAGGUUCCUCCUUCACUGUGGAGAGGACCCUGUCUAGGAGAAGCUCCCGGCUAACAUCUUUGAAUGCAAGAUUUGGGGAGGGGGCUUAGAGGCAGGGGGGCCUCUCCCCCCCCCCAGAAGAGAGGGGGGUCUUUUGCACAAGAGCGAGGCUAAGAUCUCGCCGGACAGAGACCCCAGACUUCCACUCCGAGGAUUUUUGUGCCUUGUUUGGGGAUAUAUAUUGCUCAGUUAAAUCAACAGCUUCUACAAAUACGCAGGCGAUCAAAGUGCCUCUUUGAGAAACACUUUAAUGCUGUGAGCCACCUUGAAAUAGGGAAAAUUAAGGGAAAUUUAAGGGAAAUGCAGAAAUUGUUGCUUGAGGACUGCGGGAAGAGACACUUUUUCAACCCGAACAAACACCGGCAGGCUUACACAGCCUCAAAUAUAUGUGAAUGGGAACAAGAUAUAUAAGAGUCGUUUUACAAUCGACUCUCUCCCAUGUAUUCUGCCGUGUUGUCCCUCCCCCCCAGGAAAUAUCCCUGGGGGUGACUCUU